AUGCAACAUGCUACAAUGGCAUCAAUGGUAUCGGCAUUCUCUAAGAGUGAUGGGAAAUACAGAACCUCCGACGAGAUACCCGCCUUGGUUAAAGUUAACAAUAAGUAUUCUCAGGAUAGCAUAGAAUCACAAUAUCCCAAGACACAACCCAAUGACACAUCCUGGAUGUCUCUCCCUCGCAAAGACCAAUUAGCAAUACUUUUCCUAUGUCGCCUAGUCGAUUUCCUACAGGUAGCAUCUCUACAGGCUUAUAUCUUCUUCCAACUUAAAGCCAUUGAUAAUACCCUCUCCGACUCCGAGAUAUCAGAUCAGUCAGGCAUACUCCAAGGUGCUUUUACCGGAGCACAAGUCCUUACUGCGUUUCUCUGGGGUAAAGUUGCGGAUGCUAGCUGGUGUGGACGAAAGAAAGUACUCCUUAUUGGACUCUUCGGAACAGCAAUUUCGUGUCUGGGUUACGGAUUUGCAACUAGCUUCUCCUGGGCUGUGUUUUGGCGCGCCGCUGGAGGUGGUGUCAAUGGAACUGUGGGAAUAAUACGGACCAUGAUUGCCGAGAUCACAGUCGAGAGAAAAUAUCAGUCUCGAGCCUUUUUGAUACUGCCCAUUAGCUUUAGUCUAGCAAAUAUAUUAGGACCUCUUAUGGGGGGGUUACUAGCGGAUCCCGCAGCAUCACUUCCAUACCUUUUUGACGAGGGCGCUAUUUGGAAUUUCGGCUGGAUUCAGCAGUAUCCUUAUGCGCUACCGAGCGUCCUCAACGCCAUAACCUUAGCAAUCACAGGUUUAGUAGUAUUCUUUGCUCUUGAAGAGACUUCAAGCGAGAGAAAGGGGAAAAGAGACGUUGGCUUAUAUCUUGCUUCCCGUCUAAAGAGCAUCGCGUUCCGCAAGCCUUCAGCAGAGAGUGGUUAUUUUAAACUCCAGCCAUGGAAUACUCCCGACAGUCCAGUCGAGUACAGAGAAGAUAGCGAGGGGCCGUCCACCUACGAGAAACCGAAACCUAAGAGAAAUGGAAGAACGCUGCCGUUUAGUCGCGUGUGGACACGAAAUGUUAUAUUUACAUUAAUAACGGAAGCAUUCUACGACUUUCAGCUCGGCGCAUUCACUAACAUAUGGACGCUCUUCCUUUCCUCACCCCCUCAUCGCCGAAUGAGACUACAUCACGAUCCUUACCAUGGAUAUUUACAGGGCGGGCUCGUAAACGAGCACAUGUCGAUCGUAAUCAUGCGUACUGUUUUUACUGUCCUUGUAGCGGCGUUAGCUAGCACUGUAGUUGCGAGUCCUACAGUACCGCGGCAAGCUUCUAACUACGUCGGUUACCUCAUCUCGACUUUUUCUGAUGUAAAUCCAAAGAUCCAAUUCCAUCUCUCAAACGGAAACAGUGCAUCAAGCUUCAAGUUCUUAAAUAAGGGAAAUGCUGUCUUAGCUUCAACUGUGGGGUCGAAAGCUGUUCGAGAUAUUUUCCUCGCCACGAAUUCUGCUAGGUCUGAGUAUUAUUUACUUGCUACCGACCUCGAUGUUAAAGCUUCGGGAUUUUCAUGGGACAUAGCUACUAGACAAGGGAGCCGUGGGAUUGUCGUUUGGAAAUCAUCUAACCUAGUCGAUUGGUCAGAAUCAUCACUUAGAACGGUUGAAAAGGAUACUGCGGGCAUGGUUUGGGCGCCUUCAGCAGUAUGGGACGAUGAAACCUCUCAAUAUUACCUAUUCUGGGCUUCGCGACAUUACUCUUCUUCGGAUACGAAGCAUACAGGGACAGCUACACUUGACAAAAUCCGCUACGCAACUACGAAAGACUUCGCCACCUUCAGUGAGCCACGCGACUACCUGGCUCCUGCGGAUACCCCCUUGAUAGAUCAAGAAUUCCAAUACCUUGGAACACCAGGGGCCUUCACUCGAUUCUACAAGAAUGAGACGACUAGUCAGAUAUCCCAAGAUAUCACUUCCGAUGGCCUUUUCGGCACCUGGACCCAUGUAGGCGACCAUAUUACAUCAGACUCUCAACGUGAAGGUCCGGCAUCGUUUGCCGACAACGUUACCCCAGGCCUCUACCACCUACUACUUGAUGACUACACACAAUAUAUUCCAUACGAAACUUCAGACAUCAAGUCUGCAUCGAGCUGGAAAAGGUCGAGCACAUCUGGAUUUCCUACAGGGUUGAAACAUGGUUCUGUAACACCGUUAACGCAAAAGGAAUACGAUGCCGUAGCAGCGGCAUAUCCAGCGUAG